GAAAUUUAUAUUGCAACCUACUCUGGAAUCGACGUCUAUGAAUCCCUAAUCGAUGGAAUCCCUUUAAUGAGAAGAUGCACCGACGACUGGGUCAAUGCUACCCAAAUACUAAAAGUUGCCAAAUUCCAAAAGGCUCAAAGAACAAGAAUCUUAGAAAGAGAAAUUCAAACUGGCAAUCACGAAAAAAUCCAAGGUGGCCAUGGCAGAUUCCAAGGCACUUGGGUUCCAUUAACCAUUGCAAAAAACCUAGCUAAAAAUCACUCAAUCGAUAAAAAUAUCAUAAAUCUAUUGAAUUUU